AUGUCAAGCAAUAAUGCACAUUACUAUGACGACAGCCACCCACCACAGUACUACCAGGGCACUGACAACUCUGAAGGGGACAAGGAAAACGAGAUGCCGGCUACAGAGAAGGACCUUGCCGAGGAUGCGCCAUGGAAGAAAAUACAACAGAACACUUUUACCAGGUGGUGCAAUGAGCACCUCAAGGGCAUCAACAAGAGCAUCACUGACUUACAGAAGGAUGUUGGCGACGGUUUAAAGCUGAUCGGGCUCCUGGAAGUUCUGAGUCAGAAGAAGAUGUAUAGAAAGCAUCACAAUAGACCCAACUUCAGACAGAUGAAACUGGAAAAUGUGUCGGUGGCCCUUGAAUUCUUGGACGGGGAACACAUCAAGUUGGUGUCUAUUGACUCCAAGGCCAUCGUGGAUGGGAACCUGAAGUUGAUCCUGGGUCUGAUCUGGACUCUGAUCUUGCACUACUCCAUCUCCAUGCCCAUGUGGGAGGACGAGGAUGAUGAGGAGGCCAAGGAACUGACCCCCAAGCAGAAGCUGCUUGGCUGGAUCCGGAACAAGGUGCCUGAGCUGCCCAUCAACAACUUCCACCGUGACUGGAGGGACGGCAAGGCCCUAGGAGCUCUGGUAGACAACUGUGCCCCUGGUCUGUGCCCUGACUGGCAGGCCUGGGACCCUAACCAGCCUGUGGAGAAUGCCAGAGAGGCUAUGCAGCAGGCUGACGACUGGCUGGGCGUUCCCCAGGUGAUCAACCCUGAGGAGAUUGUAGAUCCGGAAGUGGAUGAACAGUCCAUGAUGACUUACCUGUCCCAGUUCCCCAAGUCUAAACUGAGGCCUGGCGCUCCCCUCAAACCUAAAGGGGUUCAGCUGUACCCCAAAAAAGCCAAGUCUUACGGACCAGGUAUUGAGGCAAAUGGUAACAUGGUUCUGAAGCCAGCAGUGUUCACAGUGGAAACUCUAGAGGCAGGUCAGGCUGAGGUGCUGGUGUAUGUCAUUGAUCCUGAGGGACACACUGAGGAGGCUAAGGUGGUCUUCAACAACGACAAGAACAGGACCCACACUGUUAUUUACAUCCCCAGGGUUGAGGGCGCCCACAAGGUGAAAGUGCUAUUUGCUGGGCAGGAUGUUGAUAAGAGCCCCUACACAGUGAACGUGGCCAAGGCAAUAGGUGAUCCCAACAAGGUCCAGGCCAGAGGACCAGGGCUGGAAGCUACCAGCAACAUGGCCAACAAACCCACCUACUUUGACAUCUACACUGCAGGUGCUGGUAACGGUGAUGUGAGCGUUGUCAUCGUGGACCCUGAGGGGAAGAAAGACACGGUGAAACUGAUCUUGGAAAACAAGGGGGACAGUGUUUUCCGUUGCACCUACCGGCCCAUGUUGGAAGGCCCCCACACCAUCCAUAUCCUGUUUGCCGGUCAGGAGAUCCUUAAGAGCCCCUUCAAGGUUCAAAUCACAGAGGUUCAGAUAAAUCCCCAGUCUGCAUUCACCUCUCCCGGUGGGGAGAAGAACCCAGAGGGCAAGAAGGGUGGUGUCCCUACCCUCAGAGGCAAAAAGUGCAGACCAACCAUCAAUGCCGACACGUGUCGUGCCACGGGCAGAGGCCUUCAGCCAAAAGGCGUGCGGGUCAAGGAGGUGGCAGACUUCAAGGUCUUCACCAAGGGAGCUGGCAACGGAGAGCUCAAGGUCUCAGUGACUGGACCAUGUGGAGAUGAGGAGCCAGUGAAAGUAAAAGAUAUUGGUGAUGGUGUCUAUGAAUGUGAAUAUCUUCCUAACCAGACUGGUAAAUACACCAUUAACAUCACCUGGGGAGGACAGCCCAUCCCACACAGCCCCUUCGAUGUGGAGGUGAGUGAGGUGGCAGGCCCUCAGAAGGUGAGAGCCUGGGGUCCUGGUCUGUUGACCGGCCGGGUGGGCAAGUCGGCUGACUUCGUGGUGGAGGCCAUCGGCACGGAAGUGGGAACUCUGGGCUUCUCUAUCGAGGGUCCAUCCCAGGCUAAGAUAGAGUGUGAUGAUAAAGGUGACGGCUCCUGCGAUAUCCGCUAUUGGCCCACAAAGCCAGAUUACUAUGCUGUCCAUGUCAUAUGUGAUGACGAAGACAUCAAGGGCAGCCCCUUCAUGGCCCACAUCCUCUCUGCAACCAAUGACUGCUUCCCUGAUAAGGUGAAAGCUUUCGGUCCAGGCCUGGAGCCCAUAGGGGUCAUCGUAAACAAACCAGCAGAGUUCACCAUCGAUGCCCGCGGGGCUGGCAAAGGCCAUCUGAAGAUCUACGCCAAGGAUACAGAGAGCGUCACCAUCGACAUUAAGAUAACUGAUAAGGGAGACGGGACCUUCUUGUGUGUGUACGUUCCCAUCAAGCCCAUCAAACACACCAUCAUCAUCACCUGGGGAGAUGUCAAAGUGCCCAACAGCCACUUCAGGGUGAUUGUUGGAGAGGGCUGCCACCCAGACAAGGUCAAGGUGUAUGGUCCAGGAGUGGAGAAGACAGGACUCAAGGCAAACGAGCCCAACUUCUUCACUGUGGACUGCGCAGAGGCUGGACAAGGAGACAUCAGUAUUGGGAUCAAGUGUGCUCCAGGAGUGGUGGAUCCAGCUGAGGCUGACAUCAACUUUGACAUUAUCAAGAACGACAAUGACACCUUCACUGUCAAGUACACCCCCCCCGGUGCAGGGAAAUACACCAUCAUGGUGUUGUUCGCUGAACAGGAAAUCCCCAUUAGUCCGUUUAGAGUGAAGGUGAAUCGUUCCCAUGAUGCUGGCAAUGUGAGGGCUGAGGGUCCAGGACUCAAAAAGACAGGCGUGGAGGCGGGCACUCUGACCCACUUCACCAUCUUCACAAAGGGAGCUGGCAAGGCCAAGCCAAAGGUCCAGUUCACAGCAACAGAACUGAAGGGAGAGGCUGUCAGGGACUUUGCGAUCAUAGACAACCAUGACUACUCCUACACCGUUAAGUACACCGCUGUUCAUCAGGGUCAGAUGACCAUCUCCGUCACCCAUGGAGGGGACCCCAUUCCCAAGAGCCCCUUCAAUAUUACUGUGGCUCCUCCUGUAGAUCUGGGAAAGGUCAAGGUUACAGGACUGGACACCAAGGUGGAAGUUGGCAAGGAUCAAGAGUUCUACAUCAACACCCAGGGAGCCGGAGGAAAGGGCGAGGUGGCUGUCAAGAUGACCUCACCCUCUGGCCGACCAAUCCUUUACAAGCUGGAUUCGGACACAGCCAAUGGAGCCCACUCGGUGAAGUACAUCCCCCCAGAGGAGGGGCCUUACAAGGUGGACGUCAGCUAUGAUUGCAACCCCGUCCCUGGAUCCCCCUUCGCUGUGGAGGGAGUGAUGCCUGCUGACCCAUCAAAGGUGCGUGCAUACGGCCCAGGCCUGAAGGGAGGCAUUGUGGGUAAACCAGCCCCCUUUGCCAUUGACACCAAUGGAGCGGGCCCCGGCGGGCUGGGCCUGACUGUGGAGGGGUCGUGCAAGGCUAAGAUCGAGUGCCAGGACAAUGGACACAGUACCUUCUCGGUGUCCUACCUGCCUACCGAGGCUGGAGAGUAUGCCAUCAAUAUCCUGUUUGGAAAGCAGCACAUCCCUGGGUCUCCUUUCAAGGCAGCUGUUAAGCCAUGCCUGGACCCCAGCCAGGUAACCGCCAGUGGUCCAGGCCUAGAUAAAGCCAAGGCAGGGGAACCAGCCUACUUUACAGUGGACUGCACCAGUGCCGGAGAGGCCGAGCUCACCAUCGAGAUUGUCGCAGAGUCCGGGGCUGAGUCCGAGGUCCACAUCCAGAAGGCAGCCGAGGGAUCCUUCUCUGUCACCUACAUUCCACCUUUCCACGGCACACACACCAUCACCAUUAAGUACGGGGGUCAUGUGGUUCCCAACUUCCCUGCGCUCAUCCAAGUGGAGCCGGCUGUUGAUACCGGCGGAGUGCAGGUCUAUGGACCAGGAGUGCAGCCCAGAGGUGUCAUCAAGGAGGUUACCACUCACUUCAUUGUGGAUGCCCGCAAAAUGCCCAAGACCUUUGGUGACCACUUGAAAGCAUGCAUCAUCAACCCUUCAGGCACCAACACAGACACCUAUAUCACAAACAAGGGAGACGGAACCUUCAGAGUGGAAUACACCGCCUAUGAGGACGGACGCCAUACGCCAGGACGAAAACGGGAUUCAUCCAUGAAGAGCACACUCUUCCAGCGUGCCAGUGGCCAUGGAAGUUUCAUCAACUGUCUCGUGGCUUGGUCUCAGAUAAUCCCGCAGGCGAAGAAGCCGGAUGUGGAGGUCCUGGGCUGGCAGGGUUACAUGUGGUCUGCGUUUGUAAGUCUGGAUGGACGCACUGCUAAAUUCUCUAAAAUUACGUUGGAGGCGGCUUAUGGCAGUCCGUUCCGCGUGCCAGUGAGGGAUGUGGUGGAUCCCAGUAAGGUGAAAUGUUCAGGCCUAGGUUUGGGUGACAGAGUCAGAGCCCACCUACCUCAGACCUUUACUGUGGACACUAUACAGGCAGGACAGGCAAAUCUGGAGGUCAGUCUCAUAGGACCAUCAGGUUCAGAGCCUGUUGCUGUAAAAAAUAACAGCGAUGGUACACACACAGUCAACUACACUCCAGUUCAUGAUGGCCCUUACACUGUGUCAGUUAAAUAUGGAGACCAGGAGGUUCCUCGCAGUCCAUUCAAGGUGAGAUCUCAGCCUGGUCAUGAUGCCAGUAAGGUUUGUGCAAGCGGUCCAGGUCUGGACAAGUCAGGUGUGCCCGCCAGCCUGCCAGUGGAGUUCACCAUUGAUGCCCGCGACGCAGGAGAGGGACUGCUCACUGUACAAAUACUGGACCAAGAAUGCAAGCCAAAGAAGGCUACCAUCUAUGAUAACAGAGAUGGGACCUACACAGUGUCUUACGUAGCAGACUCCACCGGCCCUUACACAAUCAUGAUCAAGUAUGGAGGCGAUGAGAUCCCCUACUCUCCCUACCAUAUCUUAGCCCUGCCCACUGGAGACGCCAGCAAGUGUCUGCUCACUGUGUCUAUCGGAGGACAUGCCCUGGCAUCAGGUCUGACUAAGAUGCAGGUGCACGAGGAGGCCAUCAUCUCUGUGGACACAAAGGCUGCUGGGAAGAGCAAGGUGACCUGCUCGGUCAUGACCCCAGAGGGGGUGGAGCUAGACAUGGGUGUGCAGGAGAACCGUGAUGGAACCUUCGACAUCUACUACACCGCUCCAGAACCAGGAAAAUAUGUCAUCACCAUCCGCUUCGGAGGACAGCACAUACCCAAGAGCCCCUUCCAUGUUACGGCAACAAAUGAGCCCAUUGUCCUUAGUGACGGCAUGGAUCAGUUCCGCCCUCUCAACCUGGUCAUCCCGUUCACUGUACAGCAGGGACCGAUCACAGGUGAGGUGCGUAUGCCCUACGGUAAGACUGCCCAUCCCUACAUAAUAGAUGACAAUGAUGGGACCAUCACAGUUAAAUCCAACCCUACUGAAAACGGUCUGCACGAGAUGGACAUCAAGUAUGAAGGAAAUCACAUCCCAGGAAGCCCCCUCCAGUUCUAUGUGGAUGCUAUGAACAGUGGUCUGGUGACAGCAUACGGCCCUGGUCUCUGUCAAGGGUCCAUCAACAAACCUGUCACCUUCAUUGUGGUCACCAAGAACGCUGGAGAAGGUGGUUUAUCCCUAGCGGUGGAGGGUCCUUCUAAGGCAAAGAUCACCUGUAAAGACAAUAAGGAUGGAACCUGUACUGUAUCCUACCUGCCCACCUCACCAGGAGACUACAAGAUCAUUGUCAAGUUUGACAACAAACACAUAGCCGGCAGCCCCUUCACUGCUAAAAUCACUGGUGAUGACUCUAUCAGGACAUCCCAGCUCAACGUGGGGACAGCAGCAGACUUGUCACUGAAGAUCACAGAGUCUGACCUGAGUCUGCUGACGGCUAAUAUCAGAGCUCCAUCAGGCAACGAAGAGCCGUGUUUGCUCAAGAGACUGCCCAGCAGACACAUAGGUAUCUCCUUCACCCCUAAGGAGGUGGGAGAGCACGAGGUGAGCGUGAAGAAGAACGGUAAGCACGUGACCAACAGCCCUUUCAAGAUCCAGGUUGGCCAGUCAGAUAUUGGCGAGGCCAGUAGGGUCAAGGCCUUUGGUAAAGGACUGGUGGAGGCACACACCUUCAAAAUGGCUGAGUUCUUUGUGGACACUAGGGAUGCAGGUUAUGGUGGUCUGGGGUUGUCGAUCGAGGGUCCGAGUAAAGUGGAUAUUAACUGUGAGGUUGUGGAGGGUGGGACGUGCAGAGUCAGUUACUGCCCCACAGAGCCAGGCAACCACAUCAUCAACAUCAAGUUUUCUGACAAGCACAUCCCAGGAAGUCCUUUCACAGUGAAGGUGACAGGAGAAGGAAGGAUGAAGGAGAGCAUCACCAGGAAGAGAACUGCCCCCGCCAUCGCUUCUGUCGGCAGCGCCUGUGGCCUCAACCUCAAAAUCCCUGGAAACUGGUUCCAGAUGGUGUCAGCCCAGGAGAGGAUGACGCGCACAUUCACACGCAGCAGCGACACAUACACACGCAAGGAGCGCACGGAGAUCAGCAAGAUGCGGGGCGGCGAGACGAAGAGGGAGGUGAGGGUUGAAGAGAGCACCCAGACGGGAGGAACAGGAGGAGCCAGUCCAUUCAAAGAUGUUUUUGGAGAGUUCCUGGGCAGAGAGAGUCUGGAUAGCUUCGCUGGGAUACCCGCUACAGUCACACCAGGUGAAACCGCUACCAAGGGUAGUAUGAUGGCCCAGGUUACCAGCCCUGGGGGUAAAACAGAACAGGCAGAGAUCAUAGAUGGAGGGGACAGCACCUACAGUGUCCGCUUCGUGCCCCAGGAGAUGGGGGCCCACACGGUCAACGUGAAGUACAGCGGACAGCAUGUCCCCGGUAGUCCCUUCCAGUUUACAGUGGGACCCCUGGGAGAAGGAGGGUCCCACAAGGUUCGGGCCGGAGGCACUGGGCUGGAGAGAGGAGUGGCAGGAGCAUCAACUGAGUUUAGUAUCUGGACGCGGGAGGCCGGUGCAGGCGGUCUGUCCAUCGCUGUAGAGGGGCCCAGUAAGGCUGAGAUCUCCUUUGAAGACAGGAAGGAUGGAUCCUGUAGGGUGGUCUACAUUGUACAGGAUCCAGGUGACUAUGAAGUGUCAAUCAAGUUCAACAACGAGCACAUCCCCGACAGCCCCUUUGUUGUUCCCAUAGCAACGCUGUCUGAUGAGGCAUGCCGACUCACUGUCACCAGCCUGCAGGAGAAGGACCUGAAGGUGAACCAGGAAGCGUUGUUCGCUGUACAGUGUAACGGGGCAAGGGGCGUGGUUGAUGCUAAGGUCCAUACCCCCUCUGGCUCAGCAGAGGAGUGCUACAUCACAGACCUGGACAGUGACAAGAACGCCAUCCGCUUCAUUCCCCGUGAGAAUGGCGUGCACUCCAUCGACGUCAAGUUCAAUGGCAGCCACAUCCCUGGAAGUCCGUUCAACGUGAGGGUGGGGGAGGCCGGACAGGCUGGAGACCCAGGCAUGGUGACGGUGUAU